AUGGGAAGAUCACCAUGCUGCGACAAAGUUGGGUUGAAGAAAGGAACGUGGACAGCCGAGGAAGACCAAAAGCUCUUGACUUACAUCGAACGACAUGGCCAUGGAAGUUGGCGAGCCCUCCCAUCAAAAGCUGGGCUUCAAAGAUGUGGCAAGAGCUGUAGACUUAGGUGGACAAAUUAUCUGAGGCCUGAUAUCAAGAGAGGAAAAUUCAGUUUGCAAGAAGAACAGACCAUUAUCCAACUCCAUGCACUUCUUGGAAACCGAUGGUCAGCCAUAGCAGCUCAUCUGCCGAAGCGAACAGACAACGAGAUAAAGAACUACUGGAACACACAUCUGAAGAAGAGACUAACCAAGAUGGGCAUCGAUCCAGCAACUCAUAAGCCAAAAACCAACGCCUUUGGCUGCAGCCAACAAAAGGAUGCCGCGAACCUUAGUCACAUGGCUCAAUGGGAAAGUGCUCGUCUUGAAGCCGAAGCUAGACUUGUUCGCGAAUCAAAACUCUUGUCCUCCAUUCCUUAUCCAACUAAACCCUCGUUCCAACCACCAUGCCUUGAUAUACUAAAAGUAUGGCAAGCAACAUGGACGACAACAAAGAACGUUACUAGUACUAAUGGUUUUUUCACCUCUAACGGAAACCUUCAAUCUCCAAACUCUACCUUAAACUUCUCGGACAACAUGCUCCCUGUUCCUCGUACCAAUGCUGGUUUUGGUGCAAAUGUAGCUUUUCCAGUCAUGGAGUAUGUCGAAAACUCGAAGCAACAGGUAGAUUCUGGGACAAUGACAAAACAAACUGUCCCAAAUAGCUGGAAGCCUCUAGGGAAACUAAAUCAACACGAUCACCAGGUGGAGGUUGGGGAAAGAAUGGACAUGGAGGUGAUGGAUAACGCAAUACAGCUUGACGAUAAUGACAAUAUUGAAUACCCUAACCCUGAUGAUGCUGGAUACAUUGCAGAAAACUCUUUAAGGCAUCAGAGUUUCAUGGAAGGCUUUGCCAGCAUUCUAUCGGAUGAUGGCAAUAACUCCACCAGCCCUAUUGGACCCUGUUACAAUCUUGACAAUAGCAGCUGUGGUGGUGAUCUUGAAGACAACAGAAAAUAUUGGAAUAAUAUCCUCGACAAUGUGGUUACUUUCACGUCUGGUUCACCAAUUUUCUAA